AAGAGUGAAACCCCGUAUUGGUGCGUGUAUCGCUUUAAAGAAAAAAAAAUCAUGUGACCAAUACAGGAAGUGUGUCGUUUGGAUGUGCUGCUCCAAGUUGUGUUCAUAAGGAAACAAACUGUGUCGACGUUGCGGAUUUGUUGGAUGGAGUUUUGCUGGUGCUGUUGUAUUUUCGAGUUUUGCUUGCCCUCACCUUGUUCCAUUGACUUCAUGGAUUGUAGUUGAAGUUUUCCCCAGUCUGGAAUAAUUUUUAUCUUUUGACGCCAAAUAAGUGUUGGCUGUGCUCCACAGAGAUGUCUUACAUCAAUAAGAGCACUUCAUCAAUGCUGAGGCAUUAUAGAGCUCGGCAUGGCAAUGAAGAAUUGGCAGAUAGUCGUGUGAGUACCCCAGAUUUGACCGUAUGGGCUCUGGAGGGCCACUCUUCAUCGACAUUACGUGGCAUCCGGCUGGAGAUCCGGGUUCAGACAAGGAAACUUCGUCCAUGAUGAUUGCCAGCACAGCAGUCAACUAUUGUGGCCUGGAGAGCAUCCUCCACCUAACGUGCUGCAACCAGACCAAAGACAACAUCACUGGCUACCUGGCCAAAGCGAAGCACCUGGGCCUGAAAAACAUCAUGGCUCUCAGAGGAGACCCAAUGGGUGCAGAUUGGGAGGAAGAGGAAGGAUGCUUCAACUAUGCUAUUGAACUUGUAAAACACAUCCGAUCAGAGUUCGAUGAUUACUUUGACAUAUGUGUAGCAGGUUAUCCCACUGGCCACCCCGAGGCAGACAGCUACGAGGAAGAUGUGCGACACCUGAAGGAGAAGGUGGAUGCCGGAGCAAACUUCGUUAUCACGCAGCUCUUCUUUAGGGCGGAAACGUAUCUGAAAUUUCUCGAUGACUGUCGAGCAGUUGGGAUCACAUGUCCCAUCCUUCCUGGGAUCUUCCCCAUUCAGGGCUACCAAUCUCUACGUCAGCUUGUCAAGCUGUCAAAACUGGAGGUGCCGGAGGAGAUCAUGAAAGUCAUCGAGCCCAUCAAAGACAAUGACGCGGCCAUUCGUAACUACGGAAUCCAACUAGCGGUGGAGAUGUGCAAAGUGCUGCUGCAAAGUGGCAAGGUGCCCGGCCUGCACUUCUACACUCUAAAUCGAGAGGUCGCCACCAUGGAAGUCCUCCGGCAACUCGGCCUGUGGAUAGAGGACCCCAGACGGCCUCUUCCCUGGGCAGUGAGUGCGCAUCCCAAACGAAAGGUCGAGGACGUGCGACCCAUUUUCUGGGCGUCCAGGCCCAAGAGCUACAUCUACAGAACCCAGGACUGGGAUGAGUUCCCAAAUGGCAGAUGGGGUAACUCCUCAUCUCCAGCUUUUGGGGAGUUAAAUGAUUACUACUUGUUCUACUUGAAGAGCAAGUCAUCCAAAAAUGCCCUGCUGGAGAUGUGGGGAGAGGAGCUGAAGAAUGAGGAGAGUGUCUUUGAGGUCUUUACCUGCUACAUCACAGCUCAGCCAAACCGCAAUGGACACAAGGUGAUGUGCAUGCCGUGGAAUGAUGAGCCUCUGGCCCAAGAAACCAACCUACUGAAGGACGAACUGCAGAAAGUGAACAGACGAGGCGUGCUCACAAUCAACUCCCAGCCCAACAUCAACGGCAAGCCCUCCACAGACCCGAUCGUGGGCUGGGGCCCCCCUGGAGGCUACGUCUUUCAGAAGGCCUAUCUGGAGUUCUUCACAUCCAGUGAAAAUGUGUCUGCUCUCCUCGAAGUACUGAAGAAGUAUGAACCCCGUGUCAACUACCACAUUGUUAACGUGCACGGCCAGAACCUCACCAACGCUCCUGACAUGCAACCUAAUGCUGUGACGUGGGGGAUAUUCCCUGGCAGAGAGAUUGUUCAGCCCACCAUUGUGGACCCAGUCAGCUUUAUGUUCUGGAAGGAUGAGGCCUUUGCCUUGUGGAUUGAGCAGUGGGCCAAACUGUACGAAGAUGAGUCACCUUCUCGGAUGAUCAUCAAAUACAUCCAUGACAACUACUUCCUGGUGAAUCUGGUGGACAAUGACUUCCCAUUGGACAACUGCCUGUGGCAGGUGAUCGAUGACAUGUUUGAACAGCUGGAUGCUUCUCCACAGUCACCACCCCAUGAACUAUCGUCAUAGUCUGAUGCUAAUGUGUUUUUACAGUAGGACAAAAAAGCACCACUAAAACUAUUUUGGAAUGCUGCUAUUAGAAAGAAAAUGUUUACUUCACAAUAUUUUUUAGUCGGUCCAGUAUUUGUUUUCUUUUGUACUUUUAGGAUUUUAGUCAGAAAGACAGAAAAUGCAAAACUUUAUAAUGUCAUAUAAUAUUAUAACUUUAUUUCUUUCAUCCAUGAGAGCCAUAUGUUACUCCAACUAUUAUAUACUAUGUCCACACUGGAGGAUAUAUUGUCCCCCCCAAUGUGACGUGUAUCAGAUUUUUUUCAUGUCAAUGUAAACAGUACAGUUACAUUUUUUAUUUUUUAUCUCUGACCCAGGCUUCUUUUAUAUUUGGAUAUAAAUGAGAUAUGUAUCAGAUGCGAGUGCAGUCUGGACGCGUGAGUCGUGCUCAUGCGACCUAUAUUAUUUGUUUUUAUAAUAAUGAAUUUUACAAAACAUAGUGAAUUGGGCAUCAUGUCUUGCUGUGUAAAUGUAGCCUCUGUUUGUUUUUAGUUGUUGUUUUUGGAGUUUACAUUUGCUGAGCAUUUUAAAUUACUGUCAAAUGUGUUUUUAAUAGCAAUUAUACAAAAGUGUGCAAGCA